GCUGAGCUGGGCACUACAGAGGGAGCCUGCACUGGAGAAGGUUGGUGGGUGGGUGGCAUGGGAUUCGAGGAGCUGCUAGACAAGGUGGGUGGCUUUGGGCCCUUCCAGCUGUGGAAUGUGGCACUGCUGGCCUUGCCCCGUGUGCUGCUGCCCAUGCACUUCCUCCUGCCCAUCUUCCUGGCUGCUGUGCCGGCCCACCGUUGUGCCCUGCCUGGACUCCCUUCCAACUUCAGUCACCAGGACGUGUGGCUGGAGGCCCACCUGCCCCGGGAGCCUGAUGGCAGGCUCAGCUCCUGCCUCCGCUUCACCCAUCCCCAGGCUCUCCCCAACACCACGUUGUGGGGAGGGGGUCAGAGCACUGGGGAGCAGCUGGAGGGUGAGCCCUCCACAGUGCCUUGCCCUCAGGGCUGGGAGUACGACCACUCGGAAUUCUCCUCCACCAUUGCAACCGAGUGGGACCUGGUGUGUGAGCAGAAAGGCCUGAACAGAGCCUCUUCCACCUUCUUCUUCGCCGGUGUGCUGGUGGGGGCCGUGGCCUUCGGAUACCUGUCUGACAGGUUUGGGCGGCGCCGCCUGCUGCUGGUGGCCUAUGUGAGUGCCCUAGUGCUGGGCCUGGCAUCUGCAGCCUCCGUCAGCUACACCAUGUUUGCCAUCACCCGCACCCUCACUGGCACAGCCCUGGCUGGCUUCACCAUCAUCGUGAUGCCACUGGAGCUGGAGUGGCUGGACGUGGGACACCGCACUGUGGCAGGUGUCCUGAGCAGCACCUUCUGGACAGGGGGCGUGAUGCUGCUGGCACUGGUUGGGUACCUGAUACGGGACUGGCGAUGGCUUCUGCUGACUGUCACCCUGCCUUGUGCCCCAGGCAUCCUCAGCCUCUGGUGGGUGCCUGAGUCUGCACGCUGGCUUCUGACCCAGGGCCGUGUGGAGGAGGCCCACAGGUACCUGCUCCGCUGUGCCAGGCUCAAUGGGCGGCCUGAGGGUGAGGAUGGCCUGAGCCAGGAGGCCCUGAGCAAAGUAGCUGCUGCAGAGAGGGUGGUCCAAAGACCUUCGUACCUAGACCUGUUCCGGACACCCCGGCUGCGACACAUCUCACUGUGCUGCAUGGUGGUGUGGUUUGGAGUGAACUUCUCCUAUUACGGCCUGAGCCUGGAUGUGUCGGGGCUGGGGCUGAACGUGUACCAGACGCAGCUGCUAUUCGGGGCCGUGGAGCUGCCCUCCAAGCUCCUGGUCUACCUGUCGGUGCGCCACGCAGGACGUCGCCUCACACUGGCCGGAACGUUGCUGGGCGCCGCUCUCUCCUUGGGCUUCAGGUUGCUGGUGUCCUCGGAGAUGAAGUCCUGGAGCACCGCCCUGGCAGUGAUAGGGAAAGGUUUUUCUGAAGCUGCCUUCACCACUGCCUACCUGUUCACGUCGGAGUUGUACCCUACCGUGCUCAGACAGACAGGAAUGGGGCUGACUGCACUGGUGGGCCGUCUGGGGGGCUCUUUGGCCCCACUGGCAGCCUUGCUGGAUGGAGUAUGGCUGUCACUGCCCAAGCUCACUUAUGGGGGGAUCGCCCUGCUAGCUGCCUGCACUGCCCUCCUGCUGCCAGAGACCAAGCACGCACAGCUGCCAGAGACCAUCCAAGACGUGGAGAGGAAGAGGCUGAAGAAAACAAGUUUUUCAACUCUAGUGAAUGGUGGUAGAGAUAAUGACCUCAAACACCUGGAGGGCAGUCACAUGGAAGAGGCAUUAGGGGCACUGCAGAGACCCCUGGAUAGAGGUCAUAGGGAAACAGAUUUGAAUUCAGUCCAGGAAAAGAACUUUCUAAUAGAGCCAAACAUGGAGUGGCUGCUUCAACAGUAGUGAGCUUUCUGUCUCUGGAUGUUAUAAGUAACGUUGGACAACAAACUAACAUUGAUCAUCAGUGUUGCAGAAGGAAUGCAAGCAUCAUAUACAGACAGCUCUUUAAGGCUUCUUCACAAUUUGACAAUAUAUGAUUUUCUGAUUCCUUUCCCAAAGAAGAGUUUGAAAAUUGUGUUAGCAAGAAAGCACAUUGCUAAAAUGGUGACAGAUACCAUCUAUGGAAUGCCAGGUAUAGGCACUGUACUUAUUAUUUCUGAUUCUACAACAACCUGAUGAGGGAUUUAAAUGUUACAUUACCAACCACACAGAAAAAGAAAGUGGCUUGGAGAGGUUAAGAAUGUGUUCAAAUACAUGCACCUUAAUGUUCAUAGCAGCACUGUAUACAAUAGCCAAGACAUGGAAGCAACUUAAAUGUCCAUCAACAGAUGACCGGAUAAAGAAGUUGUGGUAUAUUUCUACAAUGGAAUACUACUCAGCAAUAAAAGGAUAAAAUAAUGCCAUUUGCAGCAACAUGGAUGGACCUAGAGAUCAUCAUUAUAAGUGAAGUAAGCCAGAAAGAGAAAGAAAAAUAUCAUAUGAUAUCAUUCAUAUGUGGAAUCUAAAUUUAAAAAAAGGACACUAUGAACUCAUCUACAAAACAGAAACAGACUCACAGACAUAGUAAACAAUUUUAUGGUUACCAGGGGAAGGGGGUGGGAAGGGAUAAAUUUGGGAAUCUGAGAGUUACAAAUGCUAGCCACUAUAUAUAAAAAUAGAUUUAAAAAAGGUUUCUUCUGUAUAGCACAGGGAAUUAUGUUCAAUAUGCUAUAAUAACCUUAAUGAAAAAAUAUGAAAACGAAUCUAUGUAUGUAUAUGCAUGACUGGGACAUUGUGCUGUACAGCAGAUAUUGACAAAUUGUAAUUGACUGUACUUCAAUUAAAAAAAAAAAGAAUGUGUUCGACAUCA